CCCGUAGGAAAGGAACGAAAGUAAGGAAGGCGAGGUGGAGCAAUACUAGGAGAGCCAAGACUAUCACUACUGCCGAGUCUCGCCACCACCACCACAGCUAUCGCUCGCCACGCUCUCAGGGGAACGCUUUCCUCCCCCUCGAUGGAUCAAGUAUUUCGCCUGAUGCGCCUCGAUCUUAGUUAGGAGUGCACUCGCAUGUGCGCUGCGGAUUUUGGUUGGGAGCUGAGGUUGGAAGGGAGGGAGUAGUUAUGUGACAAGAGCGGGACGAGUGGCGAGUACUGGUUAAUUUGAAUAUUUCCGAGUGGGAGUGGCGGAAGGUUGUGAUAGGGAAAGAGGGGGUUAGGCGGGUGAGUGGGGAAAAGACCUAACGGAGGCGCGAGGGAAGGGAGUGGGAGUGGGAGUGAUGUGAUGCGGAGGAAAGGCAGAGGGGAGGUAUUGAACGUGCAGUUGACGUGGGAGGAGAGGUGGAGAGAGGUAUUUGGUAGCGUUGACGUCUAUGUGCCGCAUUGUUGCGUGGGGAGAACGGUGGCGGUAGAGGUAGCUCACGGAGUCCCAGAAUGCCGCUGUUCAAGCGGAAGCCGUAUGUUCUCAGAAAACCGCCCAAAGAUCUUCUGCGUGAUGAGGACGUGUUUCAAGUGCGAUUUACCAAGGAGGUUUUUCGGGAUUAUAAAGAGUAUUUGAGCUGCAUGAAGUUGUAUCGGCGGAGGGUAUGGACUUGCAAAGUCUCAGGAAAGUCCAACUUAACUUACGAGGAAGCGUUGGUCUCUGAACGCAAAGCUACAGAGAAAGUACAACAGUUUCCGAAGGAAUUUAUGGGGCCCGUUUUACGCAUGGUUCAAUCCAGUGCUUUGCGCAUUGAUGAGCUGGUGGAUGGAAUCUACAAAGUUUUUAAGGAAAGAUUUGUUCCAGGAGAGGAGGUCAUAGGGGUACGAGACGAACUUCUAGGAGCGUGUCGGAUCUUAAAAGUUUUUGAUCAAGGAGAAGAUGAAAGCCCUUUGUAUGAGGUUGCUUGGUUGGACGAAGACGGGAAGAAAACGGGUACCUCUCAGACAGUGGCGGAGAAUUUGCGGCGCAAAAAGCAACCAUUCUCGCGAGUUCUACUUAAAGCAUUCAUUAGAGAGUCAGCUUCUUCAGGCCCCUCCCGGAACUCUGCCCGGUUUGUGCAUGAUAAACUUGCCCGAAAGUUCAAAAUACCUAUCCCGGUUACUGAACGACCUAAAGUUGCUGCUGAGAAGGAUUCAAACCGAGGUUCAUCAUCCAAGAAAGUCGAAGCAAGGGUGGAAGCUGCGGAAUUACCGAAUGGAUUACAAGGGGUUAGGAAGAGAAAGAGAAGCGAGGCGGGCAGCGUCAGAAAAAAGAGUGAUGUCAAAAGACAACACGUGGAAAGAGUGAUACCACAGCCCAUUCGCUACCCGAUUGAGGAUACUCAAGUUAAGCCGGCAGCAAGUGAUCCUCCUCUGUCUGACCGGCCAGUUCCAGCAACUGACUUCCUUGUUCCUGUGGAAUGCACUGGCAACAUGUUGAUGGUUUGGGACUUUUGUUGCUUGUUCGGCAAGGCUCUCCUUCUCUCUCCCUUUUCAUUAGAGGACUUUGAAAAGUCACUUGACUACAGGGAAGGCGAGGCUCCAUUAUUGUUGGAAAUGGUUCAUGCUUUGCUCCGAGCAGCUUUGACCGAUCCUGCUCUGAGGGACGAGUUUCUGCAUAAGAGGAAGAAACGAAUAGAGGUCACAAUGGCCAAUUGGAAAGAUGACCUCUGUGAUUUCUUGGAGCUGCCCAGCCAGCAAGACGAACCCAGUAGUGUAAUUUCCAUGAUUCGGCAGGGGUAUUUCAAGCAAGUAAAGGUUUCCGAGAAGGUGAAUAUCUUGCAGACAUUAGUUAACAAUUGCCUCAAUUCUUCCAUCAGAACUCAGAUCGAUGAGAACAUUGCGGAGUAUCAAGUUCUUAUUAAUCAAAAGAGGGAGAUUGAGGCGGAAGAAGUUAGGCGAAGAAAGGAAGAAAAGGAACUUGUCAAGCAGCAGCGGACAGAACAAGCAAACGGCAUAGGUGUUGGAGACGGUGAACGAGGGGAGAGUUUAGAGAAUGGGGAGAUAGAGGAUGAUGAAGAUGAGGAUGCCGAGGAGGUGACAAAAGAUAAUCACCCGACAGGUUGGAAGGUGAAAGGCAAGCGAAACUCAUUUGGGAACCAUUCACCAGUCAACAACGGGUUUUCAGGGAAAACAGAAGCUAAACAACCUGUAUCAGUUAGUCGUUCUAGGCAAGACCAACUCAAGAGAAAGGUAGAGAAGAAACUUGCCGAAGAGAAGGAGAAGGAAAGACAGAGAAUUGAGGAGCAAGUUAAGUUGCAGGAGAAGAGGAAAGAGCAGGCUGAGGCCUUGGCGGAGCGCAAAUUGCAAGAGCAGAAAGUGUCUGAAAGACAGAAGAAGCUUGAACAGUUGGAGCGAGAGAUGGAUAAACUAUAUGUUCUUACAAUGCCACUUGGGAAGGAUCGCUUUCACAAUCGUUUCUGGUUCUUCAAUAGAGAGGGUCGACUUUUUGUGGAAAGCGAAGAUUCCUCACGCUGGGGUUACUACGCUGCAAAAGAGGAGCUUGAUGCGUUGAUAAAUUCCUUGAAUAUCAAAGGAAUAAGGGAGAAGGCACUGCACAGGCAGUUGGAAAAAUAUCAAGUCAAAAUUAGUUGUGCGUUACAAAAGAGAUCCAAGGAGCUGGCACAAAGGUAUGCAGUUGAAGAAGCUUCUGUGAGACGUUCAGAGCGAGUCCGCACAGCUCCACGGCUUACUGGGUUCCUGGCUUACGUGAACAAGUUGAGGCCUUCGUAAGCAAUUUAAAUUCUAUGUUAGAAUGAUACGAGGGAAGUAAUUGACAGCGUCAGCUCAAUGACCUCUGCGACAGGACAACCUAUUGCACGAUUACCUUAAUCAACAUUGAAUCCUGUACACUACCAGUGUACAGUACCUCGCACGCAGGAGUCUUCGCUUGCUGCAAUGCAGUCUCGUUGAAAGAUUAUGCCUAACGCAAUUCAGAAAAUUCAGUGACAAUGUAAGUAGGAGUUGGUCAUACUGGGUUACUACUGUACCGACUAAUUAGGGGUCACUUCAUAUCAAGAUCUACUUAGAUUCUGCAAAUUCAACUGUUGAUUUUGUAUUUUCAAGGGUUUAGAAUAGUUCGACUUUACUUUAGCAGGAAACUCCAGGCGUAAUUCAAGCACUUACAGGCCCGAGUUAAGAGUUCUCGCAUUAAAGACACCCCAUUCAAUUUUGCUGGGUCUUGGCAAAGGAUUUGAAACACAAUUCUGUGUGCUACAUCUCCAAUUAUAUUACACAUUUGAUCACAUUUUGAAAA